GAAAUGCUGACCUGUUACCUUAUAUUCUUCUAACCUAAACCUGCUAUGCUAUAUUUAUACCUUGCUUUCUGAACCACACCCUCAAACCAAUCACAAUCACAAAUCAUGAAUUUCUUUACUUGCUUCUUUUUCUUCCUUCUUGCUUCAUCAGCCACUGCUUGUGAUCGCUGCCUUCAACAAUCCAAGGCUUCCUAUUUCUCCAAAGCUUCUGCUCUUUCAUCUGGGGCAUGUGGGUAUGGCUCUUUGACACUAGGCUUAAGUGGUGGACACCUUGCAGCUGGUGUGGCUUCUCUCUUCAAAGAUGGAGCCGGUUGUGGUGCCUGCUUUCAGAUACGAUGCAAGAACCCAACUGUGUGCAGCAAAGAAGGCACCAGAGUGGUGUUGACUGAUCUCAAUCACAAUAAUAAAACUGACUUUGUGCUCAGCAGCAGAGCCUUUGCAGCAAUGGCUCAGAAGGGUAUGGGCCAACAAGUUUUGAAGCUUGGCAUUGUUGACAUUGAAUACAAGAGAGUACCAUGUGAGUACAAAAAUCAGAAUUUGGCCGUCCGUGUAGAAGAAUCAAGCAAGAAGCCUGAUUACUUGGCAAUUAAAUUUUUGUAUCAAGGGGGACAAACUGAGAUAGUAGCCGUUGAUGUGGCUCAGGUUGGGUCUUCAAAUUGGAGCUUCAUGAGCAGAAACCAUGGGGCAGUGUGGGACACAAGCAGGGUACCCAAAGGUGCAUUGCAAUUUCGGAUAGUGGUAACGGCAGGCUAUGAUGGAAAGUGGAUUUGGGCACAGAAGGUCCUACCUGUUGAUUGGAAAAAUGGAGUCCUAUAUGACUCUGGUGUUCAGAUUACAGACAUUGCACAAGAGGGUUGUUCCCCUUGCGAUGAUGGGACAUGGUCCUGAUUCAUUGCUCCACAACCUCACGUAUACACAUAGAUAUAGCCAUAAAUUUUAUUUAUACUAUAAUGUAGGCUCACAAACCAACUCAUCAUAGUAAUUAAUACUGAGGAAUCAUUAAUAAACUAGAGAACCAUUCUUGUUACUUAUUUGUAAACCACUCAAUUUCUCCUUACUUUAUAUUCUUUCUCUUUGUAACUUAUAACCCACCAAAAGAAUAAAUUCUCUUUUUGGAAUAUGUGAAUUACAUUUUAACUUUUUUGAA